UAGGUUACAUUCUGUAAGCAAUUUCUCUUCUCUCUCUCUCUCUCUCUCUCUCUCUCUCUCUCCACACCGCUCCUCUCGCAAAUUCCUACAAGCAGUUGGCGGAUAGACAAAAGAUGCAUAUAUCAAUGAAGCAAAUAGUAAGAAAAAGAAAAGUUUUAAGAAUGUAAUUGGUGACCUCGUUUCAGCUCCAAAUAGCCUUAAGAACGAAGAGAUCAGAGAAUCUGGGAAUGUACUGGGUUCUAACGAAGAUGCCAGCUCCUAGAAGGCUACAACUGCGAGAUGAGGUAGCUUCGCUAAUUCCAAAUCCAACUUUACAAUAAAUGAUUGUUUCAGGUUGGAAGAAAAAACAUUGCCAGAAGAAUAAAGAGGUUGAAAUUUGAGAGAUUGUGAUAGAGGCUAUUUCAUAUCAGGUAAAAGAAAUUUAUGCAUCCACCAAUUGAUCGGAUUCAGAUAUUUAAAUACCCAGAAAUUAAUCCACACUUCUCCAGACUCCAGAUGCUCAUCUUUUCUCCUUGUCUGCUCAUCUGAGUGAUCGAAGAUCAACUAUGUUCUUUUUAUUACAAGAGAGAAGAGACACCAGUCGAGCCCAUAAUGAAAUAACCAAUUCAUCUUAUGUUGCCAAAUGACAUUAUUUCUUUGAUCAAAUGACAAAAACCAUGAAAAGAUUGACCUGAUUCUCUAAGAUGCAGCUUUUUACAGGCUUGCUUUGGAAACACACAAGAUACACCAAAUGCCACAUGAUGAUUAAUAGCAUGUUUCUCCAAAACCUAAAUGUUUGUGAUCGUAGAUGGAAGUCAACUUCAUCAAUCAUUUGUCUUCUUCGAAAUUUCUCACUUUGGUCCAUGAAGAAAGAUCCAGAUCUUGAGUUAGCUCUCUCACGAAACCGUAGAUGGAUAGUCAAUAAUCAAAUCAAGAACAUAAUCCUUAGAUACCCAAACCAUGCAGCACCUAUCAAAUAUCUCCAGAAAAAGUUCAAGACUCUUGAUCUUCAAGGAAAAGCGCUCAAUUGGCUUAAAAAGUAUCCUUGUUGUUUUGAUGUAUAUCUUGAGAACGAUGAGUAUUAUUGUCAAUUAACAAAGCGGAUGAUGUUUUUGGUGGAGGAAGAAGAAGCUGUGAAAGAAAUGCAGGAACCUGUAUUUGUCGAGCGGUUAGCCAAAUUGUUGAUGAUGAGCAUGAAUCAACGGCUUAAUGUUGUUAAGCUAAAUGAACUGAAAAGAAAUUUUGGGUUUUCAGAUGAUUAUUUGAUCAGAAUUCUACCAAAAUAUCCUGAUAUGUUUCGACUUAUUAACCACAGUGGGAGGAGGAGUUCAAUGGAGAUUGAGCUUGUACGGUGGAAUCCAGGCCUUGCAAUUUCUGCAAUUGACGCAUCAGCUCAAAAGAAAGGGUGUGAACCCCAUUUUGCAUGUUCUUUGCCCACGACUUGGGUUAAGUCAUGGGAGAGAUUUCGAGAAUUUAAUUCCACACCUUAUAUUUCGCCUUAUGCUGAUGCGAGGGAUUUAUCAGAGGGUUCAAAAGAGAUGGAGAAGAGAACAGUGGGUUUAGUACAUGAGUUGCUUUCGCUGACCCUAUGGAAGAAGCUGUCGCUUGUUAAACUAGGUCAUUUUAGUAGAGAGUUCAAUUUACCGGAAAAAUUGAAUGUUCUGCUGCUCAAACAUCCUGGUAUCUUCUAUGUCUCGAAUAAGUAUCAGAUUUAUACUGUUCUUCUUAGAGAAGCAUAUAAUGGAUCAGAAUUGAUCGACAGGGAUCCACUUGUUGUGGUGAAGGAUAAAUUUGGGGAUUUGAUGCAGGAGGGGCUUCAUGAGUACAAUCAGAGGCACCGUUUAAUCAAUCUAGAAAAGAAGAAGAAGGAAGGAAUAGUAUCUAUAAGGCCAGAGAAAAGAAAGAAUAAUAGCAUUGAAAUGCCUGAACAAGAUGAUAAUGGUGAUAAGCUCAGACGUUUGUUCAAUCCUGAGGAAAGAAAACGGUUUUAUAAAGUUCUUUUUGAUGAUGAUGCCCCAUGAAAAUCUUCUUGUAUUUCUUUAUUUAUUUAAUUUUUUUUGCUCUCAA